AUGAAGUUCACAGCUCUCAUUGUUGCUGCCGUUAUUGCUACAAUGAGUGUCGCAGCUGCAGAGACGCCUGUCUUGCGAGCUCUUGCCGAAGAUACCGCAGCGAAUACCGGUGCCGACGAGAUGGACAUGCAGCCCGAUGCAGGGGCGAUGGACGACGAUGAUGACCAGCAGGAGCGGCAUUGGGGAGGCGGUCGUGGUGGUAAAUGGGGCUAUGGUGGCAAGUGGGGCCGUGGUGGUAAAUGGGGCUAUGGUGGCAAGUGGGGCCGUGGUGGUGGCAAGUGGGGUGGUGGCAAAUGGGGCCGGGGGUGGUGA